UGUGAGUCGAUAACUGUUUACACCUGUAGCAGCCACCUGGUAUUAUUUUGAUAGAAAAAUGGCAGGGCCAAGUGAACUUUCGAAAGAAGCGAUAAAAAGUUUUAUGCUAGAUCAUGGUGGUAAAGUAACAAAUCAUGAACUCGUAAAAUAUUUUAAACCAUUUCUGACCGAUCCGGAAACAAGAGUUGAAGCACGAAACUUAUUCAAAGAAUACGUAAAUGACCUUGCCACUAUGCGCAAUGAGGAUGGGGAGAAGUACCUGAUCCUGAAGAAGAAACACCGUAUCCCCGGAGCGGUGAGUCCUGGGGGCUACGCCUCUCCCUCGCCAUCUCCGUCGCCUUCUCCGUCCGUGGAGUCGAUGGUGAGCAGUCCCGGCGGCUUGCAGUACGUGUCCAGCGAGUCCCUGGUCUCGCCGUCUCGCCAGCCGCCGCCGUACCGGCCUCCGCCGACGCUGGGCGCCAGCCCCCAGCCGCCGUCUCCACAAUACCGCGAACCGCCCCCUCCGGCUGCUCCGCCGCAGUUACAGGGUGGCGGCGAACCCGCUGCACCCGAGCCCACGCCCCCGGUGCCCCCGCGCCGGAAGAGCAGCGACAGGAUCAGAACCGAGAACAAGGAGAACAUCGACGUCACCAAGCGCCCAAAGGCUGCGGGAGCUGAACCAGCUGGCAAGGAGGACGCUGGCGAUCCUCCGGAACAGCUGAGCGUGAAGGAGCGCACUCAGGUUUUCAACAGGCUGGCCACCGAGGUGGACCUGCACAGGGCGCAGGCGCAGCCGGCCAAGAAGAAGCCCGAGCGGGGUGGAGCAGAAGACGAGGACUCCGUGUCCCUCACAUCGGAACCAAAGGCACGAGAGUGGCUGGUGGCAGCGGCACAGGGCAACCACAUGAAGCUGGCCAAGCUAGCACAGGAAAACCCGCGCCUCGCGUCGCUCAGGGAUCCAACGAUGGGCGAUACGGCGCUGCACUGGGGCGCCAAGCACGGAAACGCGCACAUCGUCAAGAUGAUGGCCGGUACUUAUCACGCCGACGUCAACGCCAGAUCCAAUGGGGGCUACACUCCUCUACACCUAGCAACACAGUUUGGUUAUGAAGAAAUAGCAAACCUUCUGGUGAAUGCUUAUGGUGCUGACCAGAAUCUACGUGACUACAGUGGGCGAAAAGCUCGCCAGUAUCAGGCAAGCCAGGACACAAGUGUGUCAGCUGACACAUUCCGCAAAAUCAAAGCAAGGAAAAAACAGGCAGAAAAGGACUUAGGAUUCUUGAGAAUUGGUUCACUGAAUGUGAGAGUGAAGAAAACAACUGAAGCAUUCAGCAACUUCUUAGGUGUAGGAAUAAACAGUGACAAAAUACAUAAAACUUGGGGCUCAGCCGAUAAUAUACAGCAGGUUGACCGUCGCCGAAUGCCACCACCAAAGGCAGCACCAUUGAAGAAACGUCGCUCUCGACACGGUGCUGCUGACUUUACUGGUAGCUACAGCACACCAAGUACACCUCCAAGUCAGUCUCGCACUGCAAACAGUGAGCUAGGGCAGGAUUCAGACUCUGACUCGGCAUGUGGCUUCGGCAAUAAUUGGCAAGGCACUGUUUGAUGAAUGUGUUGUGAAUUUCCUCCAUGAGAGACUGACUAGUGUUGGCUUGCUUGUUUUAAAACAUUUUAGUAUUGUGGAACCAGUUUCUAUGAUAUUGAUGUAGUGGUGUUCAGUUUGAUGUAUUGCUUUGUUUCCUUUAAGUUUUUUUAUAUUUAUUAUAAAAUUAUGAGUAUUAUUUUCGUAUUUUUACAGAUAUGUUGUAUGUUUGAUAAAAGCUGUUAUCAACCUACAGUAUUUUUACUUUUGUACAAUAGUUUCUGUGUUAUCAGUUUUGCUUCAUCUCUUUGUAAAAUUGUUCUGAAUUUUGUCCUAAAUUCAGCAUUAAAGUCAAUUUAAUGUCAAUGUAAAUCAUUUUACUGCAGUGCUGUAAUUUAGUCUUAGAAGUAUUUGUCUCUACAAGUUGUUUUCUUUGUGAUAUAUUGUCCUGAAGUAAACUUUUUCUUGUCAGCGUUCAAUUCUAGUUUUUAGAAACAUGUAGGAAAGAUAGAAAAGGAAAUAAACUGUUCAGUUCUUUUCGCAUACAUGGUAAUUAAUAAUUAGAAUUUAUUUUUAUGUGAGAAAUGUUGUACAUUACUCAAUGAUUUAGUUGAUGGCAAUAAACACAUGUGAAUCUCAAUAAUUGUAUUGUGUAGAGUAUGACUGAUGGUUUACUGUAGAAAUUAAUGUAACAUUGUGAAUUAAAUAAAAUAAGUUUUUUUAACAACUUA